CACUAGGUCUAGUCCUCGAAGGAAACUGUCAAAGUUAACUCUGAGGCGUUGGAAUGGGGUCCAGUCUAGAGCUGUGAUGUGUGUCUGGGCUUUGGAAUGUUGCUCGGGAGGGUUGCCCAAAACCUGUUAGCUUGGACUCGAUAAGCUGUGGAUGUUGGUUGUUGAGAUCGAGGUGGCGAGUUGUACGAUGACUUCUGGACCUGGUGUUGAAGUGAAGUCUAUAUAACUUGCUUGGUCUGGCGCAUGGAAACAUCACCAUUACCAUCACUUCACUCACAACUCAUCAUCUCAUCAUAAACUCAAGACUUGCCUUGAUCACUUCAACUACCACAAUCAACAUGAAGUUCUUCAGCCUCCUCACUCUUGCUUCCUUCGCCACGGCCUCUCCUUUCCGCCGGCAACAAACUGUCACAGGAACCAUCAAGUCUUCAGUUGACACUCUAUCUGGCUCCUCCGUGGUAACUCUCAACGAGAUCAAUGAUAAUGUUAUUCUUAUCAAGAACAACGUAGAUGCCCAAGUCAUCGCACAAAUCCAAGCCGACCUCAAGGCCAAUUACGAAGUCAUCGCCCAAGGCUUGGCCAAUUCCACAACCAGGAUUGUCAGCGUCACUACAGGAGCAGCUGGUGGUGUUGCUUUCCAAGCCAUUGGUCUCACCAACCAACAGAUCGUUACACUCACUGCCUCUAUCCUCGUUGUUAUCGACAUCGUUGAGAACAUCGGUGCCACGGUCUCCGUCACAGUCACAGACUUGACUCCCGCUCUGCGAGCUACGUUCCAGUCUGAGAUCAAUGCUGUCAAGACUGCCUUGAACCCCUUUAUUAGCCCUGUUCUCCUCUUCGCAGCUGCUGUGCGAGCUGCGAAUGUUGGCGGCGGUGCUACUAUCACUGGCCUCGACAAUGCCAUUGUCAACCUCAUCAGAGUCCAGAGCGAGCUUGUGGCAUCCAUCGGUAUCUCUCCCCUUAAUCUCUAAGUUUGGGCCCGGUUUUACGAAUGAAGUUAUGAGGACUUUCUUUUACAAAUGAUGAAGCGAUAUCUAGCGUGCUUCUUAUGACAAAAGCAAUGGUGCUAGCGGUAUAGCGAGCGAUUACACACUCCUUGAUACUUAAUAUAGUAAUUUUCUUUGUGAA